GCAGUGAUGGCGAUGGCGAUGGCGAUGGCGACAGCGAGCACCAGAAUAACAAUCAAAGGCGGUCGGUUUACAACAACAACAGCACAUUGUCCAUGCCAUCGGUAGAUCUGCCAUCCACUCUUCAGGACGACUUCAACUGGGACAACGUGUCGGAAAACAGCCUUGAAAUCGACCCCAAGGAUGAGGGCGCGCGCACAUUGAAGGGAUUCUGGCGCCUCCACCCACUCAUCCGCGCCUUCAUCAUCAUGAUUGGAGGCGGAAUUAUUCUGAUUAUCCCCGUGGUGUCUGUGUUGGCUUCCCACAGAGACCUGCCCUUCCGUGGGUCGCUGGACAAGGAGUCGGACAACUUCCAGACCAACUAUAACUUGCAGUGCGUCGCCCGGUCAUUUGCCCUGAUGACCGCCGUCUGGAUACUCGGCGUGCUGAUCUACCACCUCAUCGACAUGAUCCCUGACGGCGCCCUGCGGGUAGUGCGCACCUUCCGUGGCAAGCGCAACAUUGAAAAACUCAAGGACCGCAUGCAGUUCUUUGUCGCUGUCAAGCUGUACAUCAAGAUAAUUCUCAUUUCGGCCACGUCGCUCGUGGCAUUUGUUGUCAUGUUCCCUAAUGCCUCGUACCGUUUUGUCGGCAAGGUUGAGAAUGGCUCGUCCUCGUGGGACCAGGUGCUGUUUCAAAUCAACGUUCUCGUUCUAUUCGCGUGCACGAUUAUUGGCGUAGAGAAGCUGGUGCUGAAAGUUAUCGCUACGCGGUUCCACAAGUCUGCAUAUAAGGAGCGCAUUCAGCAGCAGGCGUAUGCCAGCUGGGUGUUGGAUCACCUCAACCAGGCGCGCGAAAGCAAUGCGACUGGCAGCGCUGGGAAUAACACGCCAUAUAUGGGUAGCAAUAUCUCCACAUUUGACAGCGGCAAUUUGGACCCCAUGAGCAGCCGCAAGGAGCUUUUGCACCAACACCAAUAUGCUACCCAAACAAGCACCAACGAGACUUAUUUGCCUAAAAGUGCCAGACAUCUGCCUGGCUCGGCAACACCACCCCCUUUUAGAACAUCAGAAUCAGGGAGGAGCAGCUUCUGGCGGCGCAAUACUUUUAGUAACUCGCCGCGGCCCAAACAUCAUAAAUUGCCAUCCAAGGGAAUCGCAACCAGGCUCUGGAACAUCAAGGACCGGGCUUUGGAUGGCGGCGUCGGGAUGAACUCGAGCCAGUACGCCGCUCGUCUUGCGCGCAAGCUCUUUGGUGCCCUGCACAAGGACCGCAACUACCUUCUUGUCGAUGAUUUCCUUCCCUUUUUUGACAAAGAGGAGGACGCAAUCAAGGCCUUUGAGUUGUUCGAUAAGGACAACAACGGCGACAUUAGCAAGCGCGAGAUGCGCGACCGCGUGAUGCUCAUUUACAAGGAGCGUCGCUCCUUGCUCAGCGCCCUCAGCGAUAUGUCCCAGGUGGUUGGCAAGUUGGAUCUUUUCCUCACGGUUUUUGCUCUCUUGAUUAUCCUGAUCAUUGCGCUUUUGGUCUUUGGGCUUGAUGCGCUGAAGAGCCUGGCCACCAUGGGUACUCUGUUCAUCGGAUGGAGCUUUGUGUUUGGCAACACGUUCAAGACGAUUUUUGAGUGCCUUGUGUUUCUUUUCCAGGUGCACUCGUAUGAUGUUGGCGAUAUCGUUGUUAUUGCCACGGAAAAUCUCACUGUUAGCAAAAUACGGCUUCUCAGCACGGUGUUUUUCAAGACCGACGGCACUUACACAGUGUAUCCGAACAACAUACUGGCGACUAUGAAGAUCCAGAACUUGCGCCGCUCUAACCCGCAAUCUGAAUCCAUCGUCAUAGGCGUCGACUUUAACACGCCGUCGGAGAAACUGUAUGAGCUGCGCGACCGCAUGAACAGUUACGUUGAGGAGAACCCGCGUGACCUUGUGGGCCCCAUCGGGUUUAACGUUGACCUGCUUGAGAACUCCAACCGCGUUCUGAUCAGCCUCGGAAUCAGCCAUAGGAGCAACUGGCAGGAUGGUGGCAAGCGUGCACUUGUCAAAACUGAGUUUUCAUUUGCUCUGCGCCACCAUAUCAACGAGCUGGGGCUUAAGUACGCGCUGCCCUUGCAGCCCGUCACCAUGGUACCACCGCCGCCUGAAUACGACGAGAUGACGAAUCCCGUAGACAAACCUGUGUCUCGUGGGUCUCGGCCGCGGUCGUCCGGGGGUAGCGAUGAGGAUGACGAUCUUUUCAAUGGCAUGUACCAUGGACCGAAUUCGCGCUCGCAUCGUCCGAGUACACAUCAUCAUUCGGCUGGCGACUAUAGUGGCGGAGGAGGCGGAGGACAUGGUCGCUCGGGCGGGAAUAAUGACUCUGCUGGCGGUGUGGCUAUGCCCGCAGCCGCGAUGGCAGCUGCGACCACUGGAAUGGCCAUUUCAGACGAUUUUUAAUAUAGCGAUUUUUGUCGACUUGCGACAUACAGUAAUAUCCACACUUGGUUGAUUUGAUUAGCGCCUCACGAAAUAAUAAAAUUUAGCAUUUUCAAGCCUCGGC